AGAGGGGGGAAAGCACCCCGCCCUGCGGUACUCCACUGGAACAAUGGAAACGGUGGGAAAAACCAUUACCUACUUUCACUGUCGAAUGCCGGUCCGUCAAAUAUGACGACAUCCAGUUCAAUAAACUACCGCUUAUACCGAGGGUUUCGAGUUUACAAAUCAGUUUACAAUGAUUGA